AUGCCCGGAGCUGCUCCGCUGGGACGAGCCACUCCGACCCCCGCCUCCACCGCCACCCCCGCCUCCACCGCCACCCCCGUCUCCACCGCCACCUCCCCCACCAGGACCGUCGCUCCCACCGCUCCCACCGCCUCCUCCGCUACCACCUCCGCCGCCACCUCCGCCUCCACCGCCGCCACUAGUACCUCCACUCCCGCCACCACCCCCACCGCCACUCCCACUCCCCCCUCCACCCCCACCGCCUCCUCCACCGCCCCCUCUAGCUCCACCCGCCCCCUUGCCCCCCUUGCCCUUGCCAGAGCGGCGUCUGCCGCUGGGGGCAGACGCCGCGCCGACCGACUCAAAACCAGCGAGGUCGGCCGCAGCGGCAGAGGCGACAGAGGGCAGCAGGGGGGAAGGACCACACCCCUCAAAGAUGGGGGACAGCAGCAGGCAGCUCGGGCUGGGUCGGGCGGCUCGGGCGGCUCGGGCGGCUCGGGCGGCUCGGGUAGCUCGGGUACCGGGCGGUUCGGCCGCUGCUGGGCGGCUCGGCCGCUGCUGGGCGGCUCGGCUGCUGCUGGGCGGCUCGGCCGCUGCUGGGCGGCUCGGCUGCUGCAGGGCGGCUCGGCUGCUGCUGGGCGGCGCGGCUGCUGCUGGGCGGCUCGGCUGCUGCUGGGCGGCUCGGCUGCUGCUGGGCGGCGCGGCCGCUGCUGGGCGGCUCAGCUGCUGCUGGGCGGCUCGGCUGCGGCUGGGCAGCUCGGCUGCUGCUGGGCGGCUCGGCGGGGCCGUCAAGGUGCAGCUGCGGGGCCGGGACAGGGGACGGCGGGGCCGUCAGGGUGCAGCGGCGGGGCCGGGCAGGGGACGGCGGGGCCGUCAGGGUGCAGCGGCGGGGCCGGGACAGGGGACGGCGGAGCCGUCAGGUGGCGGGCCAGCAGGCGAGGUGGCGAGCCGUCAGGUGAGGCAGCGGGGCCGGCAGGUCAGGUGACGGGCCAGCAGGUGAGGCGGCGGGCCGUCAGGUGA